CGAUCUGUCAGAAGGUGAAAAACGAACUCGCGAAACGGACUAGCUUUUCGGUGCGUGCUUGAUUUAGUGCAAAUUUUUCCCUGGUAAUUCCAAGAAAAUCGUAGAAAAACAACAGAAAACAUGUCCACCGUUGCGAGUGCACUUUCUCUAGCCGGAACGCGGACAUCCGGAGCGCCGGUUCGCACACAAAAUGUGAUGGCAGCAUCUUCCAUUGCUAACAUCGUCAAAUCCUCCCUGGGACCAGUUGGGCUGGAUAAGAUGCUGGUUGAUGACAUUGGAGAUGUUACAGUCACAAAUGACGGUGCCACCAUCCUACGUCUGUUGGAAGUGGAACAUCCAGCUGCCAAGGUUCUUUGCGAAUUGGCUCAACUGCAGGACGAAGAAGUAGGUGAUGGCACUACAUCCGUUGUGAUCAUUGCUGCCGAGCUGCUGAAGAACGCCGAUGAACUUGUUAAGCAGAAGAUUCACCCAACGUCAAUCAUUGCCGGAUACCGUUUGGCUUGUAAGGAGGCUUGCAAGUACGUUUCGGAACAUCUGACAGCCCCGGUCGAUGAGCUGGGCCGUGACACAUUGGUUAAUGUUGCUAAAACGUCGAUGAGCUCGAAAAUCAUUGGUGCUGAUGCAGAUUUCUUCGCCGCUAUGGUUGUGGAUGCUGCCCAGGCCGUCAAGAUUACGGACCCCAAGGGUAAUCCAGUAUAUCCGAUCAAGGCAGUGAAUGUGUUAAAGGCCCACGGCAAAUCCGCCCGCGAAAGUGUUCUGGUUCAUGGAUAUGCUCUGAACUGUACGAUUGCCUCCCAGCAGAUGCCGAAGAAGAUUGUCAAUGCAAAGAUUGCCUGUCUGGACUUUUCGCUCCAGAAGACCAAAAUGAAGAUGGGAGUUCAGGUGUUGAUCACCGAUCCUGAGAAAUUGGAAGGCAUCCGUUCGCGUGAGUUGGACAUCACAAAGGAAAAGAUCGAGAAGAUUAUCGCCACCGGUGUCAACGUGGUUCUGUGCAGUGGUGGAAUAGAUGAUCUCUGUCUGAAGUACUUUGUCGAGGCCGGAGCCAUGGCGGUGCGUCGUGUCAAAAAGUCCGAUCUGAAGCGCAUUGCCAAGGCUACCGGUGCUGCCUUCCUGACUUCGCUGACCAACAUGGACGGAGAGGAAAGCUUCGAGCCAAGCUACGUGGGAGAAGCGGCCGAAGUCGUACAGGAGUUUGUCUGUGAUGACGAGCUAAUCUUGAUCCGUGGCCCGAAGGCACGUACCGCAGCUUCAAUUAUUCUGCGUGGACCCAACGAUUUCUACUGUGACGAAAUGGAACGCUCGAUUCAUGAUGCGCUGUGCGUAACAAAGCGAGUGCUGGAAGGCAAGAAGGUCGUUGCCGGAGGUGGUUGCGUAGAGGCAGCUCUGUCGAUCUACCUCGAAAACUUUGCCACUUCGUUGAGCUCUAGGGAACAACUUGCGAUUGCCGAGUUCGCCAAGUCGCUGCUGGUGAUUCCAAAAACAUUGGCCGUGAAUGCUGCUAAGGAUGCUACCGAUUUGGUUGCGAAGCUCCGUGCCUAUCACAAUUCCAGCCAAACCAAGGUUGACCAUGCUCAUCUGAAGUGGUGCGGACUGGAUUUGAUCGAAGGAGUGGUGAAGGACAACAAGAAGGCUGGUGUGCUGGAACCGGCCAUGUCCAAGAUCAAAUCGCUGAAGUUUGCAACCGAAGCUGCGAUCACGAUUCUGCGUAUCGACGAUAUGAUCAAGCUGAACCCAGAGGAAAAGCAGGGCAAGAGCUACGGAGAUGCAUGUGCUGCCGGAGAACUGGACGGUUAGGAAGCAUCUCACAUAAUCGUUUUAAGUAAGUCCUUUUACGUGUAUUUUCUGGCCCUAUUGCUUGCGCUGCUUUUAUAGCGGUUUAACAGUGGCAUCAUUUCCCAAUCACUUUCGAAAUCGUUUGCUUUCAACUUAAGUUGUUUACCCACUGGAGGGAGGAUGAGUGAUAACAGAAGCAUUGAAAGUGCAUACCCUGAUCAGUUGCGCGUUCUCAUUUAUAUCAUUUUUCGAACUACUUACCGGAUCAUAGCAACAAUAAGCACCCACACAUAAUA